UAUAAAGAAAACAAUCCGCACGUUCUCUAAAAACUUAUUUAUUUAAAAUUAAAUAAUAAAACAUGGCAAAAGAUCCACUAGAUGAAAUGAUACAGUUUCUGAAACCGCAAGCAAGGAUUGACUUAAAGCACAUUGCUUUGGAUCAUUUAUUAGGUCUGUCUGGUACAGAGGACGGAAUUAAUGUUUUGUUAAAGAACGAAAAAAUUAUACAGAGUAUCAUUGAAUUAACUAAUGAUAAAGUCGAUGAAAUUAACAAGAACGCCUUACUAUUACUUGUUAAUGUUACAGCAAACCCAACAGGCGCUUCUGAGUUAAUUAAAUACAAACCGUCUUACAAAAAUGCCAUUGAAAUAUUCAUAGGUUAUGUUCUCGAUCAACAAAAGAAAGACGCGGACGCCGUUUGUAUGAUCCUAUCCAAUAUCACAAGGCAAGAAAAUAUAGUUGAGGAAUGUCUCGACUCAUUUAUGCCACAAUUAAAUGACUUAUUAAAUGUUUUCGUAAACUUAGAGUAUAAUAAAAAAGGAUCGAAGUUACAUUACUUGGCGCCUAUGUUUAGUAAUCUAAGCUGUUCCCCAAGAAUACGGAAGUGGUUAACAGAAGAAAAUCCUUAUGUACCUUUACUAAAACUUAUACCAUUCUGCAACUAUGAACAAUCGGUUAUACGCAGAGGUGGAGCUAUUGGGACGUUAAGGAAUUUGUCAUUUGACACUAAAUAUCACGACUUCCUCUUGAGUAAUGAUUUAGAGUUACUGACGUAUUUGCUAUCACCAUUGAUGGGUAAUGAAGAUUAUCCUGACGAUGAAAUGGAUAAGUUACCGAUAGCUCUACAAUAUUUACCAAAAGAGAAACAACGGGAUGCCGACGUUGAUAUACGUAAGAUGAUAAUUGAGACGUUAAAUCAGUUAUGUGCACAGCGUAAAGGCAGAGAAAUAUUAAGGGAUAACGGUGUUUAUUAUGUUUUACGUGAAUAUCAUAAAUGGGAGAAAGAUCCAAACAUAUUGCUCGCAUGUGAGAACGUUGUUGAUAUUUUAAUUCAAAAGGAGGACGAGGUUGGGGCCGAGGAUUUAACUACAGUGGAAAUCCCUGAAGACAUGACGGAGAAGUUCCAGAAAAUGGAUGAAGAAUAUAUAAAUAGUGUUAAAUAAAAUAAUCUAAAACAUA